AUGCCCACGCAGACCUUCAACCCAGCCAAGGACAUCCCCUCCCUCGAAGGCAAGGUCCUCUUCAUCACCGGUGGAACCGCAGGUCUCGGCGCCGGCAGCAUCCUCGAACUCUCCAAACACCAACCCGCACACAUCUUCUUCAGCGGACGAAACCAACCCAAAGCCAACGAGCUCAUCGCCCGCGUGCGCAAGACCAGCCCAAACGUCCCCGUGACGUUCAUAAAAUGCGACAUCGCCUCGCUCACAUCCGUCCAAGAAGCUGCCAACACGUUCAAGGCCCAGGCGGAGAGGCUAGAUAACUUGAUGCUGAACGCGGGGAUCAUGGCAACGCCCGCGUCGACAAGUCCAGAGGGGUAUGAGAUCCAGUUUGCGACGAACCAUCUCGGACACGCAUUGCUCGUGAAGCUGCUGAUGCCGCUGAUGGAAGAGACCGCAAAGAACCCCGGCUCCGACGUCCGCAUCGUCAACUUGACCUCAGUAGCCUACAAACAAGCGCCCUCCAACGGCGUCGACUUCGCCAGCCUCAAGACUUCGCAGGCGAACCUCGGUGGCAUGAUCCCUGGCCCUCGUUGGUCGCGAUACGGACAAUCCAAAGUCGCGCAGCUUUUGUACUCGAAGGAGAUCGCGAAGCAUCACCCGAGCAUUACGUCUGUGUCUGUACACCCCGGGUUCAUUAUGACGGGGUUGUUCGAUGGGUUGCCGCUUUUGACGGCGCUGCCGCCGCUUUUGAUGAGUUUGGGGAGGAGGACCCCGGUCGAGGAGGGGCAUUAUGCGCAGUGUUGGGCGGCAACGUGCGACAAGGGGAAGUUGAUGAAUGGCGGGUACUAUGAGCCGAUUGGGAAGUUGACGGUGCCGUCGACGACGCAGGGAAAGGAUGAGAAAUUGGCGGGAGAGUUGUGGAACUGGACGCAGAGGGAGCUGGAGGGGUUGGUGAGAGGAUGA